UGUUCCUUUUUUUUCUAUCUAAUUGUCAAGGACACAAAAAAAGCAACAUAGAAAUCAACACAAUCCCUGAACAACGGCAGAUAGAAAAAAUAAGACAUCCUUCUCCGUCUCUCCAUCAAUUUUAGUCACCUGCAGUCAGUGGUCGUGCACAUCUCAGCUCAGUGAGGAUAGGCUGAGGCCAAGUAGUGGGCGGGGCCUGCUCUGAUGCAUCUCACACGUACCACCAGCGCAGCAGGACAGAUCCUCUCUCUCUCUCUCACUCACUCUCCCUCCCCCUUUCUCUACCUCUCGGUCCGCCUUUCACACAUACGCCAGAGCGCAGACUGCAGCAGAACGCAGGGCCGGCAGGAUUUUCCUCCUCACACUGCUACAGCUGAGAAACCAGAGAGCGACAGUCACCCGGCCGGCGAGGAGGGAGACGUUGUUCGUGGAGGAUCCACCGAGGAGUACCUGACUCGGCGAGCCGCCAAUCGCAUAGGUCUGCGCCUGGCCCUCAAGAAGCGGUUGUGUGGACUCCUCCUGCGGGACCGUCCCAGACCGCCUCCCCGUUUGCGGGUAGGAUGCUCGGCCUUGCGCCCUUGUGCUGAGGAGGCGUCUGCGGGCAACAGUAUGGGCGCUGUGCUGGCCGGCAUCCCCACCACCCCCUCCACCACCUCUCUGCCGCCACCACCACCACCACGCUGCCCCACCGAGACGGGCGCUUCCCCCGGCCCCGCUGAUGGGCGAAGACACUGACGCCGCCCCGACGCUCGACCACCGCGGCUUCCUCCCCGACCACAACUAUGUGACUGAAGGGCUGCUCCUGGCUAUAGCCUGAAGAGCUCCGCCCCUCCUGUCCACCCCUCUCCACCCCUGGAGCCUUCCCCCAGGAUGUUGAGCCCCAUCCAGGUCCUGUGCUCCGACAUCACUACCCUUUCUCUGGAGCCCGAGCCGUUUGCCUCUUACACUGAAGCCGAUAUCAUCUCCACCGUCGAGUUCAACCACACCGGAGAGCUCCUGGCCACGGGGGACAAGGGGGGCCGAGUGGUCAUCUUUCAGAGGGAGCCGGAGAGCAAAGGGGAGCCAUUCUCCCAGGGCGAGUACAAUGUCUACAGCACCUUCCAGAGCCACGAGCCCGAGUUUGACUACCUUAAGAGUCUGGAGAUCGAGGAGAAGAUCAACAAGAUCCGCUGGCUGCCUCAGCAGAAUGCCGCGCACUUCCUCCUCUCCACCAAUGAUAAAACCAUUAAGUUGUGGAAGGUGGGUGAGAGAGACAAGCGUCCCGAGGGCUACAACCUGAAGGAUGAGGGGGGCCGCAUCAAGGACAUGUCCACCGUCACCUCCCUACAGGUGCCGGUGUUGAUGCCGAUGGACCUGAUGGUGGAGGUGAGCCCGCGGCGAGUGUUCGCCAACGCCCACACCUACCACGUCAACUCCAUCUCCGUCAACUCCGACUAUGAGACCUACAUGUCGGCCGAUGACCUGAGGAUCAACCUCUGGCAUCUGGACAUCACCGAUCGCAGCUUCAACAUCGUGGACAUCAAACCAGCCAACAUGGAGGACCUGACGGAGGUGAUCACGGCGGCCGAGUUUCACCCCCAUCACUGUAACCUGUUUGUGUACAGCAGCAGCAAAGGAACCCUGCGCCUCUGUGACAUGAGGGAAGCGGCGCUGUGCGACAAACACUCCAAAUUGUUCGAGGAGCCCGAGGACCCCAGCGCCCGCUCCUUCUUCUCCGAGAUCAUCUCCUCCGUGUCGGACGUGAAGUUCAGCCACAGCGGUCGCUACCUGCUCACCAGAGACUACCUGACUGCCAAAGUCUGGGACCUCAACAUGGAGAGCAAGCCCCUGGAGACGUACCAGGUGCACGAUUACCUCCGCAGCAAGUUGUGUUCACUUUAUGAAAACGACUGCAUCUUCGACAAGUUUGAGUGUGCGUGGAACGGCUCGGACAGCGUGAUCAUGACCGGAGCCUACAACAACUUCUUCCGUAUGUUCGACCGCAACACCAAACGGGACGUGACCCUGGAGGCCUCGCGGGAGAGCAGCAAACCGCGAGCGGUCCUGAAGCCGCGGCGGGUCUGUGCCGCCGGGGGAAAGCGCCGGAAGGACGACAUCAGCGUGGACAGCCUGGACUUCACCAAGAAGAUCCUCCACACGGCCUGGCACCCGACGGAGAACAUCAUCGCCAUCGCCGCCACCAACAACCUGUACAUCUUCCAGGACAAACUCAACUCCGAGAUGCAUUAACGAAGGGGGUCACAGCGGUGGACGCCAUCGAGUUUACGCCUGAACACACAGCUAUGCCAGAAUGUACACGUUUAGAGACGUCCACACGGGAAUAUGCCUAACGCCCACUCGGUCAGAAAACACACACACACAUACAUCUAGUUCCCCCUCUCCCCAGCCUCCCAGAGCUGAAAGGACCUAGAACGGGCUAGAAAGGGAAACAUCCUGGAUUACGGAUUGCAAAAAAGGAAGAAAAAGGUGUGGAUCCCUCCAUUGUCAACCUCUGGAUCGCUGUGUUUAUUGCAAGAGCUCAUCUUCUGAGGGGGAGAACCCCCCCCCCCCCCCCCCCGGAGUAGAGAGACGUUUACAUGUGUGUCUUCAUUUUAUUUUCUACUCCUCUUCCUCUCCUUUUUUUUUGCUAGAGCAAAGCCUAUUCUUGUCCCCCCCCCCCCUGCUCACUGUUUUGUGUAAAGGUGAAAAGGUGGCGUUUACGUUUGUUUCGUCCAGAUCAGCUGCACCCCGUUCUGUUUUUGUAACCUCGCGUCCAAUUACUGAUUAUUGAUUAUGAUGGCAAUGUGUGAUGAGCAAAGGAUGAAAUCAGGACCUUCCCCCCUCGACCCAAGUGCACCCAGACGCCCGUGAGCUGCGUUUAGUGAGGUAAAACAUCUGCAGUCCUGCAGCUGGAAGCAAACGUCAGCCUGAUAUGAGCAUGCGCACUUGUAUCGGCUCCACACUGCGCCUUUCAGUCAUUAAUGUCGUCUCUGGCCUUUUACAAACUUCUCUGAUUGUGGAUUUCUGCUUCCGGUCCGGGGCUACGUCGCGUGCUACUUUGCAGUAAAAUACAACUCCAAUCAAGCAAAACAAAACAAAACAAGAAAAAAAGCUGUUUUAAAAAUGAACUAAAUCAUUUCAACAAUCGAGCAAAGAGAUGCUGCAUGUGAAACCAAUUUAGCCAUAGGUGUUUAUAAAUUGACUGACUGACUUGGCUGCCUUCUUAACCAUUUAGACCAAGCUGUACAAAGGCUUCAGGGGCCCCGGGGCCCCGCGCAGGAUGAGUAACCAUAGAUGUCUGAGCUCUCCUACCUUUAUUUGUGUCUUCGGACAGUGACGCAUGUUUACCAGUGUUUGGUUCACACACUUACAUGUGCAUUCUGAAUGAAGCCGUCCAAGAAUCAGCUUGUACUCAAGAAGAAUGUGGAAUGUUUCCAUUAAUGUUAUUUUCUAAAAGAAGAAAAUUUGAAAAAUACUAGGGCCUAUUUGGUGUCUGUAUAUAUCAACUUUGCUUUUCACGUGUAUGAUUUUCUUUUACAUCUGAGAUCAUCUGAAUCGUCUCCAAAUACAGAGAGAUGGAACUCAGCCUCCUCACUGAUUGUUUUGCUGAUGUGCAGACGCUUUCAUUCUAGGAAACUGUUUUUUUUGUCAUUAGUCCACCACGUCCUGACCAAACUAAUGUUGAUUCACACAUUUUUGUGUUGAUGUAUGUUGAUGACAAAAUUGUCAAAUGGACAGUUAUAAAUAAUGUUAAUAUGUUUUUUCCUGAAUAAAGAUUUCAAAGAAAUUGCAUCCAA